AUGGCUACCCGUAGUAAACCAAGCGUGUUUACGGCUUUAAACCAGCUGCGUGUGACUGAUGCCUCUGACUCGGACAAUGGAAGUGCUGAAGAGCGACAACAGGAGCGUAAAGAGAAGCAAAAACUAAAGAAAAAGUCACGCUCGAAGAAGAAAAACAGUGACUCGGCACAGCUCAAGAACUUGGCAUUUGUAUCGGUUUCCAAGCCGAAGAAGAACAAGAACAAGAAAAACAAAACGCAGUCUUCAUUACCAAUUGACGAGACCUUGACCACCAAUGGAGAGAACAAGAAGGACAUCCUAGAGUCUACAUGCUCACUGGAAAAGAAAAUGACAAUGUCGCAAGUGCAAAAGGUUUGA